GGCCCUCCGAGCAGCAUCCACUGGAGGCCAAAGACUGAAUUAAUGGUCAAGCCACGGGGGAUUUGCCCCACAGGAGGUUACUGGAAAGCAGCCCGUUGUUGCAUCAUAGACAUCCACAAAAUGCCUUAUUUUACAAGAAUCAUUCUGUUCUUGUUUUGCCUGAUGGUUCUUGCAGAGAGCCGAAAACCCAGGAGGAAGAGAUGGACAGGGCACCUGGAAAUAUCCAAGCCAAGUCACUCAUAUAAAAAGAACCUUGAUGUGACCAGAAUCCGAACAGGAAAACCUCAGCCACUUCUCCGAGUGGAUGACCAUGACUUCACCAUGAGACCAGCCUUUGGAGGCCCUGCCAUCCCGGUGGGUGUGGACGUGCAGGUGGAGAGUCUGGACAGCAUCUCUGAGGUGGACAUGGACUUCACCAUGACUUUAUAUCUGAGACACUACUGGAAGGAUGAAAGGCUGGCCUUCUCCAGCACCAGCAACAAGAGUAUGACCUUCGAUGGCCGGCUGGUGAAGAAGAUCUGGGUCCCUGAUGUCUUCUUUGUUCACUCCAAAAGGUCAUUCAUCCACGAUACCACCACUGACAACAUCAUGCUGAGGUUGUUCCCAGAUGGCCAUGUGCUGUACAGCAUGAGGAUUACUGUCACUGCCAUGUGCAACAUGGACUUCAGCCACUUUCCCCUGGACUCCCAGACCUGCUCACUGGAACUGGAGAGCUAUGCAUAUACAGAUGAAGACCUGAUGUUGUAUUGGAAGAAUGGGGAUGAAUCCCUGAAAACAGAUGAAAAGAUCUCCUUAUCUCAGUUUUUGAUUCAGAAAUUUCACACAACUUCCAGACUGGCCUUCUACAGCAGUACUGGCUGGUACAACCGUCUGUACAUCAACUUCACACUGCAUCGCCACAUCUUCUUCUUCUUGCUGCAAACCUAUUUCCCUGCUACCUUGAUGGUCAUGCUGUCCUGGGUGUCCUUCUGGAUUGACCACAAAGCUGUGCCUGCCAGAGUCUCAUUGGGCAUCACAACAGUGCUGACCAUGUCCACCAUCAUCACAGGCGUGAACGCCUCCAUGCCCCGCGUGUCCUACAUCAAGGCUGUGGACAUCUACCUCUGGGUCAGCUUCGUGUUCGUGUUCCUCUCCGUGCUGGAGUACGCAGCUGUCAACUACCUGACUACUGUGCAGGAGUGGAAGGAAAGGAAGCUUCGGGAGAAGUUUCCAUGCAUGUGUGGAAUGCCUCAUUCGAGAACCAUGAUGCUGGAUGGAAGCAACAGUGAGUCUGAAGCCAACAGCCUGGCUAGGUACCCACGAAGUCACAUUUUGACAGAAGAAGAAAGGCAAGACAAAAUAGUGGUCCACCUGGCCUUGAGCAGUGAAUCCAGCUCCUCCAGGAAGAAGGGACUUCUCAAGGGCCAGAUGGGGCUUCACCUCUUCCAGAACACCCAUGCCAUCGACAAAUACUCCAGGUUGAUAUUCCCUGCCUCCUACAUAUUUUUCAACUUAAUAUAUUGGUCAGUUUUUUCCUAGGGGAUCCAAGGUUGUAAGAAAAAGGCAUGAACAUCUGUUGGUGAACACAGGGACCUGUUGGCCAUGCUCCACACACCAGACAGAGCAGUAGCUCUUGGACCACCAUGAACAGCACCUCUCUCUCAGAGGAACCAAGGGGCCCUCUUACUGUCCUCACCCUAUCUUCAUGGGUUUUCCCCUUGUUUAUGCUGUGUUCUGUGUCAUGCUUUACAUCUCUGAACAGAAUAGUCUUCUGUUUUGGCAUGUGAACUUGUUCACAAGAACUCCCUUCCUAUUAAAAAAGAGACUCAAAUGCCUCCCAGAUGUUCUGAGACACCCAUGAAGCCUAGACUUCAGUUGUGGAGGGGAAGGAAAAAUGAAGGGCAAGCUUAGGGGAAUUCUGGGUAGGAUACAGGAAAUCAGGAACAACAAAAAAAAAUAUGUGAUCUCAUAUAACUGGAUUAAGUGCCUACCUACGAAAGAAAAAACUUAGACUCUAGACAGGAAAUAGUAUGACCUAUGUGAAGCUGGCAACCCACAUGCUUGUAUAAUA